CUCACCGCAGCCUGAGGGAGACACAACGCACUCUAUUGAACAUUGAUGUGCCUGCAAACGUGAACAUCUGUGAGGACUCGAGACGAGGAAGACCCUUUCCAAACCCAACGACAACGCAUCACCACUCAGUGGGUUAUACCCAGAGGGAUCAUGUGGGUUCUGGAAAAGAUCCGGGACUCGGUCGAAACGAAUGUCCUCCGACAAGGAGAGGCGGGCGACAAACAAGGCAAGUCACCUGUCUACAGCAACGUCCUCACACCCGAUAAGAUCCCAGAUUUCUUUAUCCCUCCAAAGCUGGUAAGCUGCCCACCAGAGACUGAGGCAUCCGACGUCAAGUCCAAAGAAAGUUUACGACCUUCCACGUCUGAGCAAACCAUCAGCAUCAAGAAGAUCAGCAGCCCCCGUAGCCCUCGACUGGUCAGCAAGUUGGCCGGAGACACCAAGAACCUUCUUAGGGCUGCCAACCGCCACAUCAUUCAGAUUGAGAGUGCCGACGAUGUCGUAGCGGGCGACACCAACGCUGAUCCUCAAUCACAGACCGCCAUGUCUCUCCCGUACAUCCCAAAGACUCAGACUUCAUAUGGCUUUGCCACGCUGAUGGAAAGUCCCCACACCAGGCGAAAGGAAUCCCUGUUCCACUGCGACCACACUAGUCCGGUAACCUCCCCCAACACUCAACGCAAGUCCCAAAACAAGAGCAGCAAUGAAGGGAACCAUCUUAACCCCCCGGACUUCAACACAUCUCACAUAAACCCAUAUCGCUACUUCAGCGGAGGCGAAAGCGACACCUGCUCCUCCGCAGAGUCCUCUCCAUUCAGUUCCCCGCUGCUUUCCCGUUCGGCAUCCCUACUGAAGAUCUUUACCCACGAGACGCAAGCCAAGGUAGCCAAAGGCAAGCGGACAUUCGCCAGACACAGUUCGGUGUCUACGGACGAGUGCAGCUCUGCUGAGCCCAGCCCCAACGUUAAUAGACGUAGCCACUGUUCAUCCUUACAUGCCGGUGGAGCCCUGGAACACCUUCACGGCGCUGACCGUCACUACAAGGAACACACCAUCAACAUGCACAAAGGAGGAACCGUCCGGCUUUGCGCGGACUACGAUGCCAGCACGGUGCGCUUGCGAAUCCGCAUCAUGGCGGCUGAGGACUUGUACGAGCCCAUGUUUGACAUCAAGAGCAUCAACUGCUGCGUAUCACUCUAUCUCAAUCCGGGCAAGUUGCAGAAGCAGAGGAGCACGAUUAUAAAGAACAGUCGCAAUCCCGUCUUCAACGAGGACUUCUUUUUCGAUUCGGUGACUUCGGUGCAGGUAAAAAACAUAGCUCUGAAGAUCAAGGUUGUGAAUAAAGGCACUAGCUUGAAAAGAGACACGCUUUUGGGGGAACGCGAGGUUCCUCUGUGCAAGAUCUUAGGACUUCAGUGAGCCUGACAUGGGUCACUUUAUUCAAAGGUGGAGUAACAUCUUCUGUAAUAGAUUUGUGCUUUGUUGUCUUUGAUGCAGUGGCUGAGUUGUCACAAAUAAAAAAAAUACCAACAACAACCACCUGCUCGGCAUCAAGAUAUUUGGAUAGUUCUGAACCUGUCGUCAAUAAAUCUAAAAAAACCUACAAAAAAAGUAUUUUGUUUGUUAUGUUCUGUAUUUUUGUUCUACGACUUUAGCCUAAUUAAGACACUGUGUUUACCUUUUCGAUUGUUAAGACUUUUUACAGCGUCACAGACCUUUGAAGCUACACAAUGGCCCUCGGUGCUAAUGUUAGCUUUGAUCCUGGAUGCAUCUGGUGUCUAAUUUGGAGAAUAAACAACCAGAACGAACAAUCGUUAUGUCACUCUUGCGCAUAUCUUUGUGAGACUUUGAUGUGAACUUGUAAAUGCGAUGAUGUAUUCUUGCAAUGCCAGAAUGUCAUUUGGUGAAACCCAAAAGCCUUACUACUGGGAGAAGGGAUCAUUUUGUUAUUGAUGGAAUUGAUUUCUGACCCUAAUUAUUAGCAGUGUCUAUUUGUCGGGUAUUUUGAAUGAAUGUUUGGGCACAGACCUUUGACAAGAGCCUUUUAUAAAAAGGGAUGUAUGUGAAAGUCUACUUACAAAAGUUUCUUAUCGGAGAUUAACUUACUGUGCACUUGUGAUAUGCCAAUACACACUGCAUUUCAACUGUAGGAAAAAAAAUGGUUGAUAUACAAGUUACUACUACUAAUACUAAAACUCUUUAAAUGUUGAUUUUAAUUUAAAUCAAAAUAUUAGCCAAAGUAUUAUUUGAAAAACUUAAACUAAACGAAUAUUAGAAUGAUUUCUCUGCAAUAAACUAAAAUAAAUUUAAGAUGAGGCUCUAAACUUAACUAUAAAUUAAAAAGCUAAACAAUGUAAACUAUAACUUAUACACUUUGAAUUUUUGUUUAUUUUAGUAUCAUGUUAAAAAUAAAUUAAAAAAUGACAAAAGCACAUAACAAAAUCGCUUUAAACUGAAAUGAACAAAAAACAAUAAACUACAAUAAACAAACAAGCAAAAAAUUAUAAAAAUACAAUAAAACGUAAAAACAAGAACAAUAAGAGAAAGGUAAAUUAGUGAAAAAGCAAUAUUCUCUUUAUUCCCACUUAUUGAUACUUAAAAGUUUACUGUUUAAGGAAUCAAGUUCUGUUUCACAGAAAAACAACAAAAGAUCAUCUUUGAAGCGUUUGCUAUGCUCAUCAAAAUAAUUCAUAAAAGAAUCAAAGAGCUCCUCCUCAGUGAAUAAUAGAUGGUGAGUGACACAAGUGAGUAACCAGAGUUGUACCGCAAGCAUCUCUAUAUUAAUAAAAUGUCGAUUGUGCUGUAAAUUAUUGAGUGCUUAAAGCAUAUAAAGCUUUUCAUUAUUUCAAGUGUUUUUAAAAUUUCUGAAACCACUCGAAUGCUGGAGUCUCCCUGUUUUCACAGGUGUAUUUUGCAAAAGAAAGUGCCAAUCCUGUGUACUUGAUGUAUAAGUGAACCGUUCACUAGCUGUUUAGUGUGCUCCUGCUGAACUCUGGUGUUUGUAACCUGUGUGCAUGGAUAAUAUUUUCACUGUGGUUAUCUGUUUUAUCCUGCACGCUUAUUUAACUGAUUGUUCAA